UAAGCAGUUAUCAAUGAGUUGCAUUGUGAAAUUUGGCAGGAGUCUGCUUGGUACAAUUGUUGCCUUGAGAACGUUGACAGUGACAGUCAUUCCCAUGUUUUGUGCUUCAGUGAUGUCGGCUGGAGUUUCUAGUGAGGCUUUUGAUAUCAGAGUUGAACGGAGCAUUCGGCCUGGGAAAGACAAAGCAGUCUGCCGAAGAUUGAUAGGGAUCGUUGGUGAUGGGGAGAAAGUAAAUGAUGUUAUAUUCUGUGGACUGUCUUCAGCUGCUGAGAGCAACGUUGUCUUCUUUGGAGGAGACGUGCAGGAUUACAAGGAAAACAUGAUGAAUCAUCGAGACAACCAUCGCUAUAAAGAAUGGAACUUAGAAUCUACUGCUCAAUUGCUUCACAAGAGAUUUCCAAAGUCUCAUGUAUGGGUUGUCAAACCGUCACGGAUGCAUUUAAAAACGUUCAGUGUUUAUCAAAACUUUGUUGAGUCAAAUGACUUUGGGGCACCGACUCACAACAGUGACCAUGGUGGUUUUAAACAUUUGAAUGCACUGUUACACAAUGCAAUAUCCAUGGCUAGACUCCCAGGUAAAUGUUCCAGUGACUGUGACAAUGGAAGUGUUGAUCUCGAGAAAAAAUAUUCAAGUGAUCAUCAAAAGGAGUCGGGACUUGGGGAACAAAAUGGCGAACUAAGUAAGGGAGUCUGUGCUGUCAGUAAUGGUCAAAAUUCAAUCUCAGUUGAGUGUUCUUUGGAAAAACCCCUAAUACUAUCUGCCUUCAGUAAAGGUUGCAUUGUCCUGAAUCAAUUUAUUUACGAACUUGAGAAUGCCAAGGAGGAACCUGAACUGAAAGACUUGGUCGAGAAAAUUCAUUCCUUAUACUGGUUAGAUGGGGGUCAUUCGGGUGGUUCAAAUACUUGGAUCGUCCAUCUGUUUGUUUUGAAGAAUCUGAUUGGUCUAAAUUUGAACGUGUUUGUCCACGUUACGCCGUAUCAAAUCAGAGAUGAGAUGCGAGUCUGGAUUGGCAAAGAGGAGAGGAAGUUUGUCGAUAGGUUACAAAAGAUGGGCGUGAAAGUUACUGAGGUUGUCCAUUUUGACGAGGAAGAAAGAAGUCUAUGUAAUCAUUUCAAUGUUCUUACAAAUUUCUGAGACAUCACCAUUAUGGUAUCAGUCUUGUAUAUAAUAGUGUUUUUCAUUUAAGAAAUGUUAUUGUGCACUUUAAUUGAAAAGCUAUGGGACUGGGUUAUGGUUACAUUUAUUUUGGGAGACUGGGGCUUGUGAUUUUGGCUCACAAAAAUGAUACGAUGAUUAUACAUCCAUGACAUGUUAAACCAUUGGUAAUUCAGUUAUGAUUGUAAAGUUCUUUGUGAUGAACUUGCUUCAGUUUCGGAUUGUCAUAAAUAAGGUACUAUCCUGUUACUAUGCUGUUUCUGCCGACACAUUCAGUUCAAUGUAGGUUGUGCACUGUCUUUACAGUCUGGUGUUCUUGUGCAUGCAAUGUGCAAAAUCUUCCAUUUGGCCCCUGUGGGGUUCAUCUAUAAACAUAUUUACAUGUUUCAGUGUAAUGUAUGCCAU